UGAGGCAGAAUGAGGAUUCUAGCGGGAGAGGUUGGAAUUAAAGGUCGACGGAGUUUGCUGCCUGAUGCGAGUUCGUUCACCAGUUUACACUUUGCCCUGGGUUCCUGUGUCUGCCCUGCUUUGACAUGGAGUUAUGUGUGUAUUUAACGAAUCUAUUGGAUUGAUCUACCAGCUAGCUGUUUUCCACCAGCACCGGUUUCUCACCCCCGACUGAGGAAUUUGUCGCCGUCCCUGUGGCCAAGACCCGCGACCUGCAGCCUCGCACACACGGACGGGGGUAACCUCACUCACCGGGCCGGCCUCGCAGAGGGCAGCGUCCCAUCGCAGCGGCGCGACGGUGGCAGAGAGACCGCUCCGCUUUCAAGCUGGGCGAGAGAAACUGUCAGUGAGUCAUUGUUUGGUACUGUAUUGAGGAAGUGCCGAGAGAGAGAGAGAGAGAGAGCAGGAUUAAAGUCAGCAGUCACCUCGAGGACUUCAACUCGAUUGCCUGUCCCCUGAAACUAAUCGCCUUCCUCUAGGAAUUUUGCUCGGCUGCUGUUGGAGGAAAGUGCAGGAUUGGGUUCCGUGCUGCAUGGAUUGAUCGGCGAGGCUGUGGACGCGUUUUAAGGGACUUUGAGUACCAUGGCCAUGAAUGUCAAAGAACAGUGGCCGGUGCCGAUGCGGGCAAUCGGCGCUCAGAACCUCCUUACCAUGCCUGGAGGAGUAACGCUGUCUGGCUACCUUCAUAAGAAAGGGGGUUCCCAGUGGAAGAUCAUGAAGUGGCCUCUACGAUACGUGAUCAUUCACAGGGGCUGCCUAUACUACUUCAAAUCCAGCACGGCUGCCAACCCGCAGGGGGCUUUCUCCUUGAAUGGCUACAACAGGGUUAUGAGGUCGACGGAGGAGACAACAUCAAGCAAUGUAUUCCCCUUCAAAAUCAUCCACGUUAACAAGAAACACAGGACCUGGUUCUUCUCAGCUGCCUGCGAGGAGGAGAGAAAGAUGUGGAUGAUGAGUUUACGAAAGGAAAUUGAUCAUUACCAUGAGAAAGCAGACUCACCAGGAAGCCUGAGUGACUGCUCGGACACGGAGAGUUUUUAUGAUUCAGUUGAACGCCCUGUGGCGAUAAACUACAAUUUAACAGAACCAGAAACUGGAGAUUAUGUAGAAGACGAUGAGGAUGAUGAAGAUGAUUACUUGCGACCAGAUGGGCUGCAGGAAAGCCCGGGGCCAGAAGAUUUCCAUCCAGUCCAGCCAACAAGAAAGAGUGUGAAGUCACUACCUCCUCUGCCACCUCCCGUUCAGAAGUCAGCACCUCCUCUGCCACCCGCUGUUCAGAAAUUUGGGUUAGUGGCUAGGAAAGAGGACUCACAGGACUGUUUGCCGCAGCCCCUACAUGAUAAUAAUGCAUUUUGCAGAUUUGCCUCAUGUUGCCCAACCCCUCCUCCAGCUCAUUCAAAACCCAAGGCGGAGCCACAUCAGAAACUUGUAGAAGCCCUAAAUGCUGGUGUCAAAAGCAAAGGCAACUUUGUAUUGGACUUAAAUAAAUGUCUUCAGCAGGCAACUGGAAACACAGAAGCAUUCAAUGUUCGAUCUCCUCAAUCGUCUUUGCAGAAAGGAACUACUGCUGGACUCCCUCCGGUGCCUUUACAUAAAAGAUCUAGUAGUGGAACUCCUCCAGUGCAUCCUCACAAAGAAUCUGGUGAUGGACCCUCUCUAUUGCCUUCACACAAAGGACCUCCUCCAAUGCCUCCCGCUAAAGAAUCUACUGGUGGACCCCCUCCACUGCCUUUCCACAAAGCAUUUGGACCUCCUCCAGUGCCAUCCAGCAAAGGAUCAGGUCCUCCUCCAGUGCCAUCCAACAAAGGAUCUUGGCCUCCUUCAGUGCCAUCCAAAGGAUCAGGUCCUCCUCCAGUGCCAUCCAAAGGAUCUGGGCCUCCUCCAGUGCCACCCAACAAAGGAUCUGGUGGUGGUCCCUCACCGGUGCAAUCUCACAAAGGAUCCAGCCCUUCAGUGCCUGCCAACAAACCAACAUUGUCACAAGUUCCAACUCAGACUGAAGAGAUCAAACCUAAACUAUAUAAACCAGAGCCAUUACCAAAAUCAGCUUCCAAAUUUCCAACACCACCACCUGCUUCUGCUAAGCCUAAGACUGAAAAGCACAACACACUUCCCUUGCACCGUUCAUCUCCCGACGGACAAAGCUUUCGCUCUGCUACAACUGAAAAACCACCCAGUCGACCUCGGUCUCAAUCCCAGCCAGAGGAGCUGAUUCACCAGUCUGAUGAUGAUGAUGAUGACUAUGAGGAUGUAGAGCUACCAGCCUCUGUGUUUAUCAAUACAACAGAAUCCAAUGAUGUUGAGAGAUUGUUCAUUUCUACGAGUCCUGGCAACAAACCUCAGCAUGGGUUGUACGGCAUUAGGAAUUCUUCAAAGUCUGGAAAGGUUUUAGUUGUAUGGGACGACACAGAGAAGAAAGUGAGGAACUACAGAAUAUUUGAAAAGGAAUCCAAGUUAUUUUUAGAAAGCGAGAUAAAGUUCAUGAACCUCCCAAGCAUGGUUGAAUAUUAUUAUGCCAACACGCUCCCGACCCAUGAGAAUCUAUAUCUUAAGGUACCCUACAGCUCCUUGUCCUGACACCAUCACAUCAGCUUGGGUGUACACAAAGGAGACAUCUGUUGACUUGAAACAAAGUGAAGUGGCUGAUGAGAGAAUUUAAAAGCUGCACAUUCAAAGAUUGGAAACUCUUUGACAUUUACAAGAAGGGAACAGUAACACAUUGCGUUCCUGAAGAGAUCUCAUUUCAUUAUUGACACUGAUCUAUACACUCUAGGUAAUCCUUCCCUUUUGUUGUGAAGGACGUGAUUUCUAAUCAACUCAAUGAUGACUCAACUGAAAUAGCUACAAGAGGAAUGGGUCAAGCAUCCACUUUAGAUUAUAAAGUAAUAUUAAGCUGUAUCUACCUUAAAUUAAUUUAAGAGAACUAUAUCAUGGAAUAAUGUGUAAAUAUACAUAUAGAUAAUUAUUUAGAAGAUGUACAUAGAUUGUUUUUUUAUGGAAAUAGACUAUUUUUGAGAAGCACUUGUUUGAAAAAACUUUGUUUAUAGUGGUAAAUGUAUAAUUUGUCAAGCACUGAGGAUGAAGACUAUCGAUCCCCCCGGUCAAGGGCUGAGGUUGGCAAGCCCUAAGGUUUAAACUCCAUCAGAUGCACCUUAGCCCAUUUCACCAACACUCAGUGAGACCCAGGGCAGAUCAACUAUGGUGGAGCAGGCCCAGUAGAUUAAGUGGUUCACUCAUCAUCAUCAGGUAAUGUUUCCCUCCUUAUGAAAGGAAAGCAAACAAAAAUGGGACCCUCAGCUAAUAUUUCCUUCACAUAUCCAAAACAUUAGGGACAGCAUCUGCUACCAAACAGAAUUAUAUCAGGAAUCCUGUCUACCUCAGUAGCUAAAAGAUCUUCAGAAGAGGCUUUUGUUGUUAGAGAUAAAGAGCAAUAUGGAAUGGAACCAGGCCUUUCAGCCCAACUCAUCCAUGCUAAUUAUGACGUUUGUCCCAUUUGCCUGCAUUUGACCCAUGUCCGUCUCAACCUUUUCUGUCCAUGUAGCUGUUCUAGUGUCUUUAAAUGUCAUUGGACCUGUCUCAACCUCAAUCUGGCAGCUCAAUUUAUAAAUGCACCACCUUCUGUAUGAAGUUGCCUUUCUCACCUUAGACCUAUGUCCUCUGGUUUUUAAUAAGUUAGAAACUCAGACACCAAUUAAACCCAUGUCCCUGAAUCUGUUAAACUGCCGACUUUUAAAGACCGUGAUCUAUAGAGCAGAAUUAGGCCAUUAGGCCCAUCAAGACUGCUCUGCCAUCUGAUCAUGGCUAAAAUUAUUAUCCCUAUAAACCCCAUUUUCCUGCCUUCCUGUAGUCUUCGAUGCCCUUACCAAUCAAAAACUUAUCGACCUCUGCUUUAAUUAUACCCAGUGACUAGACCUCCACAGCUGUCUGUGGCACUGAAUUCCAUAGAUUUACCGUCCUCUUGCUUAAGAAAUUCCUGCACAUCUCCGUCUUUCUAUGUUGAGGCUGUGCCUUCUGGUCCUAGACUCUCCCACUAUUGGAAACGUCCUCUCCAUAUCCACUCAAACUAGACCUUUCAAUAUUCAAUAUGUCCUGGAUUAGUUAGGGGCUGUGUCCCUUCUUAUUUUUGGUAAUCCCUUAAGACUGGGGAUGACUUGCUGCUACUCCAGUUCUCUGGGUUCUGACAUGGCUGAAGAGACCAAACUUUGAUUCUCCUCACUCUGUCACUGAUGAGUUCCUUCAGGAUGUAAUCCUGAUUAAAAUAAUUCAGGUUCUCACUGUUAUCCUGGAUGCCCCUUCACUAUUCUGACUGGUCACGUACUGUGGAUUCCUUUUGUAAAGAAAUGUUGAUGUGUUUCCUCUGUCUAUCUGUUAAUCUGUUAUGACAAGAUCUGAGCCCCUUCCAUUAUUUGUGAAAUUCAGUUGUAAUUACAACUUCAAUCUCAGGGCAGAUUGGUCUGAAAGUAGAUGCUGAAAUUGGUUCAUUAAACCUUAUGAUGGUUUCAAAGGACUUUGUGAAGUCAGCAUCUUUCCUGCCUUUGAACUACCUGUUGUUGGCAAUCUGUGUCUGUGCUAGUGUGGGAACUGUACUUCCCUCAAUCGCAGGACUCUGCAGAGUGGUGCGGACAGUCCAGCGCAUCUGUAGACGUGAACUUCCCACUAUUCAAGACAUUUACAAGGACAGGUGUGUAAAAAGGGCCCUAAGGAUCACUGGGCCCCAAUUCACCCCAACCACAAACUGUUUCAGCUGCUACCAUCUGGGAAACGUUACCGCAGCAUAAAAGCCAGGACCAACAGGCUCCGGGACAGCUUCUUCCACCAGGCCAUCAGACUGAUUAAUUCAUGCUGACACAACUGUAUUUCUAUGAUAUAUUGACUGUCCUGUUGUAUAUACUAUUUAUUAUAAAUUACUAUUAAUUGCACGUUGCACAUUUAGACAGAGAUGUAAUGUAAAGAUUUUUACUCGUGUAUAUGAAGGAUGUAAGUAAUAAAGUCAAUUCAUUUCAAUUCCCUCAGUAUUCUCCAGUGCCGCAGAGAGACCAAGUGCAAAUUGGUAGAACGACACUUGAAUUCCAUUUAGAUAGCUCACAACCCAGUGAUACAACUGGUGAUUUUUCCACACCCCUGGUGUUCUCCACACACACACACACACACACACACACACACACACACACCUGCCCACCUAGUUUUCUUCUCCUUCUGUUCACCUCUCCCUCCCCCUGCCCAUCCCCCCUCUCUGGUUCCACCUAUCACCUACCAGACCCUGUCCCAUCUCCAUCCACUACCUCAUUCGAUCUGCCCAUCCCCCCCCCCACCUUCUAUAUGGUUCCUUCUACCAUCUAUCAGCCCCUAUCCCAUCUCCUGCCUCACAUGGUUCAAUCUGCCUGUCACCCCCAACUAUCUGUCUUCACCUCUCACCUACUGUCCUAUCCCUUAAUACACCUGUUUCCAUCUGCCCAUCACCCCUCCCUCUCAGCCUCUGUUCUCCCUCCCCCAAUCCCAGGGCAUUCCUUUCAUUCCUCUUCCCUCUCAGUUCUGAUAUGAAACAUUGACGCCUUCUGCCUCCAAAGAUGCUGCUUGACCCACUGAGUUCUUCCAACAUCUGCUUUUCGAGCUGUAGUAUUGCUAUUCCUGCGCUCAUUUUCCCUGGAUUUUCAGAGGACAGUUAUCAGACUCAGUCUUCAUUUCCUGUUUUCAACAAGCCAGGAUUCCAACUGUGGUUUUGUGUGGAUUUAGGACGUUUAAAAAAAUAGAAAAAAAUAUUCAUCUGUCCCUGCAAUUCAUUGCUGAACCAGACACCCGCCUGCAGAUAGCAAUAUUUCUUUUGUUAAAACAACAGCAUAUUGCCAAUGGAAAACUUUAAUGAAAGAGCUCCCUAUUAGCACUGAAAAAUACACUGAAUGACCACAGGAAAUAUUGAAAGUGCACAAUGAUUUAGCUCAUAAUGGAAAAAGAGAUGCGCCAGCAUUUGAGAAGGGUUAAAGCUGGGUUGGGACUUCCAUUAAAGCAUUGAAAAGAUUGCUGCAAUUCACUGUUGGCGUGUUACCAUUUCAUUCAGCACUUACCUUUAAUUUUCACCAAAAACAGUAUUUUCAUUCUCAGCAAAUCGCAGCAUUGUACUAAAACUUUUUCUUAUCAGAGUCUCUGCUUAUUAAUUUACAAAGCUCUAAACGAGUGGUUGAUAUUUUUGUUGAAACUAGCACUGUUUUCCUGACUAAUAUUGCAUGGAAUAUUAAGUUUGUUCCAAUCCUGAUCUUGGGCCAUGAGAUGCAAUACUUGCGGGAACAUGUCUGCCUUUUAAUCAGUGAAAAAGCCAUCAAGGUAAAUGCCUUCUGCCUUAAUACUUUUAUGAGGAAUAAGGACAAGUGCAGCUAGAUCAACACCCAAGAAGCUUAACAACAUCCAGAACAAUGCAGCCCAUCUCAUCCACUCUCAUUUCUUUCACUCCCAGCCCUGGACAUUCUUUCUCCCACUCUCAUCAGCAGGAGAUACAAAAGCCUGAAAGCACACACCACCAGGCACAGUAUCUACCCCGCCGAUAUAAAACUAUUGAAUGGUUCCCUAGUAUGAUAAUAUGGAUUCUUGAUGUCGUGAUCUGCACUGCACUUUGUAACUGCCAUAGUUUUUUCUGCGUUCUGCUAUUGUUUUUAAUCUUGAACUACCUCAAUGUACUG